CGAUUUCUGAUUUCGAUAAUGGAGAAUGCCGGCUGUCGGCUGUUAAGGUACUUUUUAAAUUUCGUUUUCAUUGACAUACGUGAUGAUAUUAUGUGAUCUCUGAGUGAAAUGAAGGUUUUUGUGAACAAAUCAAUAUGGCUCUCAAACUUGGAAAAUGCAGACUAUGUCUCAAGCUCGGCGACUUCUAUUCCAUCUUUACGAUGGACAACAAUUUACAACUCGCCGAAAUGGUUAUGGAAUGUGCCCGAGUUAAAAUAUACGACGGCGAUGGGCUUCCAGAUAAAAUUUGCAGCGAAUGUAUUCAAAAACUCAGUAGCGCCCAUAUAUUUAAACAACAAUGCGAACGAUCUGAUCAAGAGUUAAGACGCAACUAUGUUCCACCGCCAGGGUUCAGUUCACCAACACCACCCAACAGGCAGAGCAGUGAUUCAGCGUUUUCAUCACAGACUGAAGUUUCUAAGCCAUCAUCGACGUUCGAAAACAAAGUAACGCCUGUCAGUAGAUCUCGUAAGCGAAGCGGUGAUAGCAUAGACGAUGCGUCUAUAAGCAGCCGUUCUCACGAUUACCGACCGGGAAGUUCGAAACGCGUUGACGAACUACGAAUGUCUCAGAAGAAGCCUAGGCUUUCGAUGAAUUCAGAUUCUGAUUACGAUGACAACAGCGCUUCUUUUUAUUCAGCUGAAACUGACUCCGAUGAACCUCUACUACACAAAUGCAAACAAUGCGGUAAAGCAUUCCGGACACACAUCAGUUUAUCGGCUCAUAUGAAAUGUCACAAACGAAAAAAUGUAUUGAAAAAUUUGUCUUUUGAAUCCCCGAAAGAAAUAAAAGAUGCUACAGAUGAAGAGGACAAACUAUCGUGUGACAAAUGCGGAAAGCAAUUUAAAUUAAAAAUAAUGUUAAAGCGCCAUCACGACAUUUGCGGCAAAUCUCCUCGAAAAGAGCUAAUGGUAUCAUUGGAGCCAAUCGAUGCUGUACAACAAGUGGCCAAAAUAGAUUGCCAAAUGUGCACAACAAAGUUCAAGACAAUCGAGAACUUGGAGAAGCACAUGAGGGUUGUGCACGCAGCUGUUUUGAAGAGAGAUAAUUCAAUGAACAACGAAAAUGGUAAAAUAUGCGUUCCUUGUUUGUAUUGUGGCCAGCCUUUCGACGAUUAUUAUAUCCACAGCGCUCACUUCAAUAUGUGUCCUCAGAAGAAUAAUCUCGCCACUUUCGAAUGCCCUGUUUGUACAAAAGUUAUUACUAAAAAGGGAUGUUAUUUCUUGCACAUUAAAGCGCAUUUUUUUCCAUUGUCGUCUAAUAAAUCAUUACAAGAAAUAACAUCGAAGCAGGAAAACUUUCAAUGUCGUAUGUGUAACAAGAAAUUAUCUAGCCAAGAUACGUUGAUAACUCAUCUAGCUGCUCACAUGUCCAACAUAGAUGAAGCGGACGAAGGCGGUGACGAAGAGUCUAGAGCAAGCACAAUAGAUGAUUCAGCGUCAGUACAUUCCGAAUAUAGUUCAAAUGUUUCAAGCGGGCCAUUAAAAUGCAAGACUUGUGAUAAAUCAUUUAAAUACAAGAAAUCUUUAUUGACACACGAAGAAAAACAUUCUAAUGAUGGUAAAAUAAAGAUAGAACCGCCGGACGGGAACAAUUCCACAGACUUGUUAAAUGAAACUACUAAAUCCAUGAACCACUACGAAUCAGAAUCUAGCCAAGACGAAGGCGAAGAAGAUAAUACCUGUGAUAUUUGCGAAAAGCAAUUUUCAUAUAAAAGACUGCUUUUGCAGCAUAAACGAACCAAACAUCCAAUGACUUCAGGGUUUAAACGAGCUAAAAUCAAUUUAAAAAAUUGUUCCGUGCGGUGUUUGAUAUGCGACAUUGAAAUGAAAGUAAGUGCGAUUAACGAACACAAUCAGACUCAUAUAUCUGUCAACAUUAAGCCAAGAAAUUUAUACACAUGUAUGGAAUGCGAAGAGCAAUUUAAGAGCUGCAGUGCGUUGGCGAAUCACAUUAAAAUAAUACACAGGCUUAAGCAACAGCCGAGUAAAAUUAAUGCACCGCCAGCCGAUUUGGCGGAUUUUUGUGAGGUCGUUGUGACGAAAGCGGAACCCCUGGACGAGCUCCAGAGUCACAACGGCUUUGGUGAGGUUUCCGCUAAAAAUGGUUCACCCUCUGUCAACAUGAGUGGCUUUACUUGUCCGAUUUGCAACAAACAACUGCCAACGUUGAUAUCUCUCAAAAGACACGUGAAUUGGCAUAAUCACGUUGGGAAAAGCAUGGAGAAAAAGUUGGAAUGCUUCGUUUGUAAGGAGACUUUCCGGUUUCAGUGUCAUUAUAAAAUCCACAUGCGCGAACACUAUAAUGACACUAAUCUUGACCCCAAAUUGCUAACUUGCUCGAUCUGUAAUCGCAAGAGCAAACAUCUCCGUGCGGCUCAGGCACAUAUGAACUACCACAAGCAAACACGUUUUCAAAAUAAAGAUUACGAGUGUUCGAUUUGCAAGAGAGUGUUUCAGCAUCGCAAGGUUUAUCUCUCACACAUGGCAAUUCAUUACAAGCGCGGUGAAAGUGCUAAUAAUACUAUUGUGGGUUACGUGUUACCUAACUCGGUCGAUAAAAAUAAAUUUGAUGGCACGCAUACAUGUCAUCACUGUGGUAAAAUUUGCGAUUCGGAAAACUCGCUUAAACAUCAUAUACGGUGGCAUAAUUCCAAGACGUCGUUAUUUGGUGCUCGAUACGAAUGUCAUAUCUGUAAUUUGCAGUUCACAAACAAAAGAAGGUUAGAACUUCACACCAGAACACAUUACGAAGAUGAUAACGGACCUUAUAAGUGUAAUAUUUGCGGAAAAGGAUACAUCGAUGAAGAUUAUUAUAAGAGACACGUGAAAGGCCAUAACUUUGAUCACCAAUCGCAUAAAAAACGAAUAGAAAAACUUAGGAAAAACAAAGUGAAGUGUCCGAUAUGUGCUCGGUACUAUCCGGACUUAGUAAAACUCAUUCGCCACUUGCGGCGGACCCAUCCUGAGAGUAAAAUGAUAAAGGAGGAUCCGGACGCACCCCCUCCAAACUAUUAUUCUUGUAAAUUGUGUGCUAAAGUUUUCUUAGACGAAAGAAGAUUACAGUUUCACGAGGAAGCUCAUUUACGGAAGCCAGAAUUCUACAAAUGUAAAUUCUGUGGCAAAAAGACCAUAUCAUUGAAAAAUCAUAGGAUCCAUAUAAAAGGUCAUCUCACUCAAAAAUAUAUCGACAAUCCAUUGAAAUGUCCACAUUGCGCCGAAACUUUUAUGCGGGGUUACGAUUUACAUUACCAUUUGCGGGACGCCCACGAUAUUAAUGAGACAUGGAUAGAGGAACGACGAAAUCAGACCUUGGACGGUCCUUUAAAAGAGCUACAAUGUUCUAUAUGUUUCAAAGUCUUAGCUAGCAAAGGAAACUUUGAAAGACACAUUGAUUACCAUAAUUCUCUUCGGUGUAAUUACUGCUUUGAUUACUUUAGCUCUUUAAGGUUCCUUGAGGGACAUCUUGCAUUCAGCUGUGACAAAAAGAAACUUAUCGGUGACACUGAAAUUUACCCGAAAAAAGUUAAGUGCCAUGUUUGUUACAAAGCUUUCCAUUUGCAAGUGAAAUUAGAUUGUCACUUGCGCACUCAACACGAAAUCAAAACGUUUAAAAAGGCAUGCGAAGGAAAACAAGAAAUUGUUUGCGAUUAUUGCUUUAAAGUUUUUGAAAAUGAAUAUGCUCUCAGCACUCAUAAAAUCUAUCAUCGCACAGUUGGCUACUAUGGCUGUAUAUAUUGCAAUAGGAAGUUUAAUACAAUGACAUUGUAUAGGAAACACAAAAAUCAUCACUUCUCCCAACUAAAUGUCGAUAACCCAACGAAAUGUGAGCACUGUGAUGAGACAUUUGUUGCUUUUAGAGAAAUGAUAUAUCACAUGAGAGAUGUUCACGGAGACGAUAAAGAAUGGAUUGUCCUACCAAAAGAAUCGAUAGAAGAAAAAUGUGAUAUUUGUCAGAAAACAUUCUUUAAUUUACACAGACAUUUAGAUUACCAUGAAGAAAACCGUUGCAAAAAAUGUGGCGAGUACUUCUUUUCCCGAGCAGAUUAUGAUAAUCAUCUUUGUGCUAUCGACAGCGACGAGGAAGUCACUGAAACUAAUACAAAUGGCGUUCGGCCUGUAUACGAAGAAUGUAGUUUCUGUUUCAAACCUGUAACUCGAAAAAACUCAAAGCGUUUACAUGAUCAAAUCCACAGAGGAUCAGGUUCUAUUUCGUGUCGUUUCUGCUCACUUAAGUUUAAAACCAUGGAUGCUUUCAAUAUUCACGCAUUUUCGCAUAGAAGUAGAAAGUAUAAGAAAAAACCAAUAAAAUGUCGAAAGUGUGGCGAGCAGUUUGUAAAGUAUGGUCCAUUCAUAAAACAUAUGAAGAUUGUCCAUAAGUGUUCUAAGAAGCUUCAUUACAGAGCCACAGUGAUGCCUGAGAAGUGCAUUGUUUGUCAUGAAGAUUUUCCCAAUUUACAUAACCACUACCGCGCACAUUUGCAAAAUCAAUGUCAACAAUGUUUCAAAUAUUUUACUUCAUCCAAAGUGUUUUCACUCCAUGAUUGCGAUAAAGAAGAUUCGGAUCCGUCUAAAGUCUUUAUAUGUGACGCUAACUUACCGGCUCUUAUUAAUUCCUAUGUACCGAAAGAUGAAAAAGAUGAUGAGAAAUAUUACGGUCACGAAGAGGAAGGAGAAGAAGAAGAAGAAGAGAUGGUGAAUCAAGAGCAAGAGAUAGCAACGCAAGAUGAAGACAGUCAAAAUUCUAUUGACAUCGAUGAAGGAAAUGUACAUGAUAUGGUGCACGCCCCAAUAAUAUCCGACGUCCUGUCGCUUUUUAAGAAAAAAGAAGUUAAUAGCAAAUGCAAUGUUGAAAACGAUGGACAGAGUAGUGUUAGUGGUAACAUUGUGGUUCUAACUGACGAUGAUUCUAUAGGCUUUGAGGAGAACGUACCUGUUAUAACGAUAGAUGAUUAAGUCUUAAUAUUGAUUCGAUGCAAAAUAUCUAGGUAGUUAUUAAGUAAGGUCAAAAUCUACGAUAGAAGGAUUAUUAUAGUCGGUAUCAUUUCUUAGCUACUUCAAAUUAAUAUGAUAAUCAAAUCUGUUCGACGAUUUAGUUGUAAUGAAUGAUUAAAAAAGAAUUUACUAUUUAAUUAUAUUUAAUAAUAUUGUGUAAUGUGUAUGGUGCAUUCCUUUUGGGCAUCAAUUACAGUAUUUCUUAGCUGUAUAUAUAUUUUUGGAAUGUUGCAUAUGUCUGCAUUGUUUAUUACACUGCAUUUAUUUAAAAUAGGACAUUAUUUAAUAUCGUGAUUGUGUUUUAAUCGUAUUUUUUUUAUUCGAUUUAUUACAAUUUUUUGGAAAGUGAUUAUUAUGAAAGGCCAAAGAAAGGUUUUGAUAAAAUGUCUUAUUUAAAUUGGUUUAUUUGUUAGAUUUAUUAUUACGAGGUCAGUUACAAUUUAAUUGUUUAUCGUCAGUCAUUUGUAAAUAUUAUACAAAUCACCAGCUAUAAGGCUGCCAUAUUGUAAAUAAUUUAUCACCAUAGAAAUGAUAUAUUUUAGUUGUAGAGUUGGUUUAAGUCAUGUUUCUAUAUGAAAUAGAUAUUAAGUAACUUGAGUACUUCGCGCUUUAUAAUAAUAUCAGUUAUUGUUUUGUGCAUGUCUCGCGUAGUACUGGUGGAUUUGAAAUACAAUAAAUACUUCCUUUAUA